UCUCAGCUCGUAUAAAUACACGCGGACGGGUUCAGUCUGAGAGAGAGAGAGAGACAGGGAGAGAGAGAGAGAGACCGUCUGUCUGUCUGUCUGUCUGUAUGGGUCCGUGAAUAUUGUAGCUGUGAGCCCCUCACUCCCCUCCCCGGACUCCCGGAUUAAACCGAUUCUCUCCGUUAGCUGUGACCGUUAUAUGUGCGCUCGCUCGGGCGGAGAUGUGGAUCCAGGUGCGGACUAUAGACGGGCAGGAGACCCGGACUGUGGAGGAUCUGUCCAGGCUCACCAAGAUCGAAUCUCUUCGCGUCAAGAUCCAGAAGAUAUUCAAUGUUGAUCCUGGGAGGCAGCGGUUAUUCUACCGAGGCAAACAGAUGGAGGACGGACAGACGCUGUUCGAUUACAACGUCGGCCUGAACGACAUCGUCCAGCUUCUCAUUCGCUCUCACACAGACCCACCUGACAGCCCGAGCCCCGCCCCCAACAACGAAGAAGCUGUGGUCAUCAACAUCACUCCUCCCAGCAGCACGCCUGCCACGCCCACCACGACCACGCCCUCCCCAAAAACAGUCAUCACUAAAAACGAAUCCGUCUCAGACAGUCAGCCGUCAACGUCUUCGUCUACUGACCUGGUCGACCCCGGGAUCGGUGUUUAUAAGGUUAACGAGCUGGUGGACUGCAGGGACCUGAGCAUCGGCGCCUGGUUCGAGGCCACCGUCAAAAAAGUGGCUCAGUUCACUAAAGCACCCAGAGGCCGACCCCGGAAAAAGCACAUCAACGGGAAGGUGGAGACGGAGGCGGAGCCAGACACCAACGGUACUGCAGCGGUCAGCACGGACAGCGGGGAACCGUCUACGUCUCAGACCGAGAGCACCGCCCACAACAAGGACAAGGUCGUGUACCACAUUAAAUAUGAGGAUUACCCGGAGAACGGCGUGGUGGAGCUGAGUGCCGGAGACGUCCGUCCUCGAGCUCGGACGCUGCUGCGGUUUGAGCAGCUGGAGGUGGGUCAGGUGGUGAUGGUCAGCUACAACCUGGAGAUUCCUGAGGAGCGAGGCUUCUGGUACGAUGCCGAAAUCACCGCGCUCAACGACGUCUCCAGGACCAAGAAGGAGGUCCGGGUCAAAAUCCUGCUCGGAGGUCCGGAUGAUGUGAUUGGUGACUGUAAGCUGAUCUUUCUGGACGAGAUCUACCGCAUUGAAAAACCCGGAGCUCCUCCUCUGUCUAUCACUGACGGACAGUUCAAACGUAAGAGUGGACCCGAGUGUAAGCACUGUAAAGGAGACCCCGACGCCGAGUGCCGGUUCUGUUCGUGCUGUGUGUGUGGAGGGAAGCAGGACGCUCACAUGCAGCUGCUGUGUGAUGAGUGUAACAUGGCCUUCCACCUGUACUGCCUCAACCCCCCACUCUCCACCAUCCCAGAGGACGAGGACUGGUACUGUCCCACCUGUAAGAAUGACACCAGUGAGGUGGUGAAAGCCGGUGAGAGGCUGAAGGAGAGUAAGAAGAGAGCAAAAAUGCCUUCAGCUGUUAACGGGAGCUCACGGGACUGGGGAAAGGGAAUGGCGUGUGUGGGUCGUACUAAAGAAUGCACCAUCGUUCCCUCCAAUCACUACGGCCCGAUUCCCGGAAUUCCCGUGGGAACCACCUGGAAGUUUCGUGUGCAGGUGAGUGAGGCGGGGGUGCACAGGCCUCAUGUGGGGGGUAUCCAUGGACGCAGUAAUGACGGAUCCUAUUCGCUGGUGCUGGCUGGAGGAUUUGAGGAUGAAGUGGACAGGGGGGAUGAGUUCACAUACACGGGAAGUGGAGGUCGUGACCUUUCAGGAAACAAGCGUAUCGGAGAGCACUCGUUUGAUCAGACCCUGACGCACAUGAACAGAGCACUUGCGCUGAACUGCGACGCUCCUCUAAAUGAUAAAAAUGGGGCGGAGUCUCGUAACUGGAGGGCGGGAAAACCAGUCAGAGUCAUCCGGAGCUCGAAGGGCCGACGCAUCAGCAAGUACGCCCCGGAGGAGGGAAACCGCUAUGACGGCAUCUAUAAGGUGGUGAAGUACUGGCCUGAAAUUGGGAAAUGCGGCUUCCUGGUGUGGCGUUACCUGCUGAGACGUGAUGAUAUGGAGCCUGCACCGUGGACGCCUGAGGGAAUCGAACGCAGCAAGAAACUCGGACUCAAAAUCCAGUACCCUCCUGGUUAUUUGGAGGCGAUGGCCAAUAAGAGUAAGAAGGAGGUGAGUGUGAGAGGGGGAAGGGGCGGAGCUACACGUGGUAAACGCCGAGCGGGAACAGAAAGGUCGAGAACCGGACGGCCGCCGAAGGGAGUGAAAGAGGAGGAGGAGGACGACGGCGAGGAGGAGGAAGCUGCAGCGAAAGAGGACGCAGAGAUGCAGAGUAACGAGGAAGAGGAAACGCAGGAGGACACGGUGUGUGAUGAGGAGGAGGAGGAAGCAGAACCGAAGGUGAAGCGGCUGAAGGAAGCGGAGGCCUUUGUGUUGUCGGAUCAGCAGCAGUCGCUCAUACAGCAGGAUCAAGUCAACAAGAAAGUGUGGGACGAGGCUCUGCGCUUCCUGGUGGAGGGCCCGAACUUUCUGAGGAAGGUGGAGCAGAGCUUCAUGUGUGUGUGCUGCCAGGAGCUUUCCUACCAGCCCGUCACCACUCCCUGCCAGCACAACGUCUGCAAGACGUGUCUACACAGAUCGUUCAAGGCCGAGGUGUACACCUGCCCCGCCUGCCGCUACGAUCUGGGGAAGGAUUACGUCAUGGUCCUGAACAAGACCCUGCAGCUGCUCCUGGAUCAGUUCUUUCCUGGAUACAGCAAGGGGCGAUGAGGAGCUCCAGGAGAUACGGACUCAUAUCAUCUCCAUACAGAGCAGUUCUCUAGCACUUACACACACACACACACACACACACACACACACACACGUGCAUGAUCCAUGGACUGAUAUGUACAUGGAACACACACACACACACACACACACACACACACACACACACUUUCUGUUCCUGUGUCGAUGUUUCCCUCAGUAACACCAGCCUGAUACCCAAAUCCUGAGGUCAGCAAGUUCAUCACCAUGACAACCAAACAAACAGGCACACACACACACACACACACACACACACACGUCACGGGAGCAUUCGGGAACUUUGACGCCCUUCAGCUGGACGGAUUCGUUAAAGACGGAUUAACGGCUAAUGCUGAACCAGGAGCGAGACGUUUGUAAACUAGCAGUAGGUGGUUUAAUUUAAUCAGGCCCUGCUAACCCGCCGUCAACAACCCACCCCAGCGUUUGCUAAUAAUGACGGGACGCUGAAUUCUAUUCAUGUUAUUGGAUUAUAUUCCACAGUGACGAUGAGGUCUGUAUUAUUAGCUUCAUUUCUCCAAACUGUUGCAGAAUAUUUACACCGAUCAGCCAA